CAAUACAAGAACACAAUGUGCAGUACAACAGCCAAAGUGGCACCCAGUUUGCAGGGAAGAACUGAUGAAAUUCUUGCAAUAGUGUCAUCAGGAGAACCAAAGAGCCAGGAAUACAAGGAAUACAACCAGCCAAUGAAUUCCAUGAAUCCGAUGAAAUCAUCUCUCUCAACACCCCAUGGUGACGGCUCAUUUGCGUAUGAUCCAGUUCCUUGGCAUCAAAACACCAAUCAGCAGCCUGCAGGAUCUCUCUCCGUGGUAACAACUGUGUGGGGAGUCACCAACACCUCACAAAGCCAGGUAUUGGGAAACCCGAUGGGUCCUGGCAGCAACUCCAGUGGAAAUUCCAUGAUGCAGAGUAUGUCUGGAACUGGCCCCGGAAUCAGCUCCCCUCAGUUUAUUGGGCAGCCACCAUUUUCUGACACGGGCCCUAGUAAGAGUUACAUGCAGCAGGGGAUGUACGCACGGGGAAGCUAUCCCGGGGCCCCUGGAUUUGCUGGGAGUUAUCCAAGUGGUCCAAAUGGGCAUGGAGGAAUGGGAAUCCCCUCGCAUACCGGACGAGCCCCUACCGAUUUCACACAGGCUGCAGCCGCGGCUGCAGUUGCUGCAGCUGCUGCUACAGCUACAGCAACUGCCACUGCAACAGUGGCAGCCUUACAGGAGAAGCAGAACCAGGAGCUCAACCAGUUUGGAGGGAUGGGUGCCUCACAGCCAUACAACAGUCAGUUCAUGUCCCACUCUGGACCACGUGGACCACCUACGAUGUCAGGAGGAGUGACUUCUGCAGGCAUAGGUGGAGUGAUGGGACCCUCAGGGAUGUCUCCAAUGGGAAUGAACUCCUCCCGACCUCCAGGAAUAAACACCAUUUAUGGAACACAACGAAUGCCACAGCAUGGUUAUCCAGGCCCACCACAAGCCCAACAGAUUCCACGACAUGGCAUAAAGAGGCCUUAUGGAAGUGAAGGUUAUCCUGCAAGCCAGCAGUAUGGUCCUGGAGCUCAGUAUGCUACGCAGCCUGGUCAGUAUCCGGCCACAACCCAGCAUUCCGCACCAUCCCCAUCCUACCCAGCACACAGACUGCCUGUACAGCAGGGCAUGAACCAGUAUCUUCCUCCUUCGGGAUCCACAGCCUCUUAUUACAAGGCCACCGACCAGUUUAAUGGACAGAAUACUUCUUUCACCAGAGGGAGUUUUGAUGCCUAUGCACAGCACAACAUGAAUGGGCCUGGAAGGUCAAUGCCUGGUUACCCUAGUUCUCCCCUACCAGGUAACCCUACACCUCCUAUGACGCCAGGAAGUACGAUUCCACCCUACAUGUCUCCAGGUCAAGACGUGAAGUCUCCUUUCUUGCCAGAUAUCAAACCUAAUGUGUCUUCUCUUCAGCCUUCCCCAUCAGGCAACCCAAGUGAUGAACUGCGACUGACAUUUCCUGUACGAGAUGGUGUAGUUUUGGAGCCGUUCCGCCUGCAGCACAAUCUGGCUGUCAGCAACCAUGUCUUUCAGUUAAGGGACUCCGUGUACAAGACUCUGAUGUUAAGACCGGACUUGGAACUUCAGUUCAAGUGUUACCAUCAUGAAGACAGGCAGAUGAAUACCAACUGGCCAGCAUCAGUUCAAGUCAGUGUCAACGCAACACCUUUGACCAUCGAACGAGGUGAUAACAAAACGUCCCACAAGCCCCUCUACCUGAAACAUGUGUGCCAGCCUGGGAGAAAUACCAUCCAGAUAACGGUCACUGCUUGCUGUUGUUCACACCUGUUUGUUCUGCAGUUGGUCCACAGACCGUCUGUUCGUUCAGUACUUCAAGGAUUAAUUAAAAAGCGAUUAUUACCUGCUGAGCACUGUAUCACAAAAAUCAAACGUAACUUCAGUAGUGGAACAAUACCAGGGACUCCUGGAAUGAACGGUGAAGAUGGUGUGGAACAGACUGCUAUAAGAGUGUCACUGAAAUGUCCUAUCACAUUCCGAAGAAUCCAGCUCCCUGCCAGAGGUCACGACUGCAGGCACAUACAGUGUUUUGAUCUAGAGUCAUACCUUCAACUGAACUGUGAAAGAGGAACUUGGAGGUGUCCUGUGUGCAAUAAAACAGCUUUGCUAGAGGGGUUAGAAGUGGAUCAGUAUAUGCUGGGAAUCCUGAUCUACAUCCACAAUUCUGAGCAUGAAGAGAUUACCAUAGAACCAACCUGCAGCUGGAAGCCAGUUCCUGUAAAACCUGACAUCCACAUCAAAGAAGAGCCAGAUGGACCAGUAUUGAAGAGAUGUCGAACCAUGAGUCCAAUUCACAUGGUCAUGCCGAACGUCAUGGAGAUGAUAGCUGCACUGGGACCAGCAUCGGUUUCUUACUCAGCAUUGUCCACACCAGGUGGAGGCAACAGCACUGAUUAUACAAACCAAAAUUCCAGUUAUCCUGGACAAGGAAGCUUCCCUGAUGGCUUACCUGCUAACACUGCCAGUACUCCAACACUACCAGAGUUCGCAGCAGGGCCUCCCCCAAUUUCCUAUCAGCCAGACAUUCCUAGUGGCCCCUUAACUCCAGACAAACCCUUAGCACCUUCCAUGCAAGGCCAGAUGCCACAGCCUGGAAGGCUUGACCCAAGUCAUGGUGCAAUGCAGCAGGGCCUUCAUGGUGCUUCUCUGGUUAGUCAGUCUGGUCAACCUCUACACCACCGGAAUCCACCGCAGCAGCAGAGGCAACAGAUCCAAGCAGUGGUUGUAGGAGGGCCGGGCCAUGGAGAGAUUACAUUCAACCCCUCUGCAGCCAUGACAGCACAUACUGGAGUGCAGGUUCCAGGGGAAGUCACAGAACAAGCCCUUGAUCUGCUUCCUGAACUGACAAACACUGAUGAAUUGCUCUCCUACCUUGGACCUUCUGACCUUCCAGGCAAUAACAGUGAGGAGCUGUUGUCUUUCUUUGACUAAUACUGAAAAAGGCUUAUGUUUUAAAGACAAUCCCACGUUACGGCAAAAUGAAGUUUUGCAUCAGACAGGCGUGACAACAAUUGAUUAACCUCUUCCCCACCACAACCUGACUUCAGUUCACUGAAGGCCUUCAUUGUGGCCUUAUUUCUACAAAGGAAAGGCUUCUGGGUGCCAUCUGUUCCAGGCAAGUCUUCAGUGAUAGCUGUCUGAAUCUUGAGUAAUGUGUGUCACAACCAGCACAAACAUGAAUCUGUCAUUAUUGACAACCUCCAUACCCACCAUCUACUGAAUUAAGUUGUUCUGUAAAGAUGACUGCAGAAUGAUCACCAAUGCUAACGGUGUGCAGCAAUUUUCAACUAUAGAUUAAAAAAAAUUCACAACAGCCUGAUGUACUCCUGGUACCAGGAAACUGUGGGAUGAUUGAUCUUAAGAGCCUCAAGCAUCUCAAACUUGUUUUUCCAUGGAGAGGCUGUGGUGGGUAAGAUAACCAAAGACUCUGGUCCAGGAUAUACUGCAUGGUUUAAGUGUGUUUUGCAAGUCCAGUUGAGAAUUCUUUUUUCAGACUUGCACACUUUCUGUGUGUGCGUAUGUAUCAAGGAAAGACAGAGACAAAGUCAUGUUCCUCAACUGCAGUGAAAAAAAAACAGACAAUGAGAGAGGAUGUAAAAUGGGAGGGGCAUUUGCACAGCUAUCCAUUUCCAAAGUGUGAAACUCAGCCUUGAGAACCAGUGUGUUUUAAUGAACUGUGGUUACUGGCCUGCUCAGACUUGAGUCUCACUGAAGCAAGUAGCUUCCCCCAGAAACAAGGAGCUUAUGCACUUUGUUGUUUUAAACUGUAUUUAGGAAUGAUGCCCGUGAUGGUGCACUUAAGAGUCCCAUACCUCUGGAAGAGGAGUUCUAGUCCAUAUGUAAAUAGGAGAAGGUAACUUUUCUGGGCUUCCAUGGUUCACAAGCCCACAAGACCCAUCCGUACCACCACCCUUUUUAUGUAUUUCUGCACAUUUCCAUUAACAGAAUGACAGCCCUAAAAUACCUGGCUGAUUGACGCACAUGUCAGAUUUAAAAGACAUUGCAAGCACAAUGAAAAUCCAGGUAUUCAACAUGGAAAAUGAAAGCAGAAGUCUUUUGGGAUAACAGAAAAGGUCUUUUUCUGAUGUACGGUAGAACAUCAUAGUACAGCUGACAGAAGUCCAAACCCAAGGUUGAGGGCAUUGUAUCUCAUCAUGAUAUUCUCACUCCUGGAUCAAACUGGGGAAAGAGGUAUAUAAGGUGUCAAAGAAUUGAAGUCAGUCACUUAGCUGAAGUAGAUGGCUGGUCCAGUGUAUUUAAAUCAUUACAUGAUCCUACAGACUGGCUGCAAGGUAGGCCAUGAUUUACAAUGGUUGGCUUACAUUAGGAGACAAAAAAAAGAAUUAAGGGAACAGGAUUCAGCUGUUAUUGUGUUUGUAUGGCUUUGUCACAUACCUCAGCUGUAAGGGAAGACCACUCAUAUUUGUAAGUAGGCCCUGUAUGUAUUGUAUUAUAGCUAAUGUUUUCCUUGAGCAUUCUGAGCAACUGUCCCAAGUGUGGUGUUUGUGUGUUAACAUUUAGUUGUGUGCACCACAGUCAUCUUGUAAGAUAAAAGUGCUUUUUUAAGCAUUAUAUUAUAUAAUUUGCACCACUGACCCAAAAUCAAUUCACUACAGAAAAAAGUAGAGCCCUUUUAUCCCAAGUAUAUCACAGCUUUGUGAAGUGGUAAGGCUGCACUUAACGUUAAUGUCUGGGGAAGGUGGGAAAGGGAAUGAAAAAGUUUUUAUUAUAAUUUGAUAAAACUGAACACAAGCUUAUAGAAACAAAUAUGCAAAAUCCAUUUUAACAAACUAAUUUAUUUUAUAUUAAAUUAGAAAGCGAAGAACUGUUUAAGAGCAGAAAGAAAGAUAUAAAGCAAUUUCAUUUUUCUAACUGUAUCUGUAGCGUUUGGUAUCAGCUGGAUACCAAAGUUCUGUCCUGUACUUGUGGAAGUUAUUGUCCUGUUUGGGUGAGGUGAGAACAGGGUUUGAAAAAAGAGUGAAGCCUUCUCGAUAUCAAGCAAUUAUCUCUCGCUGGAGGACUCUUUGAAGAGACCACCUUUCUGAGAUGAAGUGUGCCAAGAUAUGAUAAAUAUAACCACAUUCAGAAUGAACAGCCUGCAACCAUAUGUUCUGUGUUUUAAAUGUCCAACUAUUUAUAAGGACACUAUACUGCAUUAUGUUUAGAAAGACUGCUAAAGCAAUGUCAUUUUAAAAAGUGCCAGUACCAUGUUAUUUUUGAAAACAUAAAUGUCUGUUUAAUAUUAUUGUUGUUACAGUUAUUAAUAUUAAUAUUAUUAUUAUUAUUAUUAAAUGUGUGGCCAGCAGACUCGUGCUGUAUGUUGGGUUUUGCCACAGUCAAAAGACUGACAAAUAUAGUGGAUUAACAGAUGAACAGAAAACAGACUGAUUUAGACAAGUGUACAUUUGUUGUUUCACUGUUCUUUCCUGCACCAUUUCAGAUAAGUUAUUUUGUCCAACAUCUGCUUUUGAUGCACCCUGCUGUGUUAAUGAACCCAGGCAGAUUGGUUGCUUUGUUAAUAAACCCAGACAGAUGUUCUUUGAAAGUCAUACCCUGCCCACAUCAGCUGCAUUCCUCCCUAGAAAUGAAAUAAUCAAUAUGGCAAUGAAUCAUUGCAUAUCUGUUCUGCGCUAGGAAACAAAGUGGGCUAUAAGGCUUUGCAGUAGCUUAUAACAGUUUGCCAUUUUAUAAACAUAGUCACGUGUAUAAGAUAAAGUGCAGCAGGGCUUUAUUCUUCUUAUAUUUUCUAAUGUUAGAGUUUACCUGAAACCUUCUGAAUGUAAAGCUCAGAGCCUGCCCAGUUUAGUUGAGCGGGCCAAAUGAUCCAUUUUCAAACGCAGAAGCCAUUGUUACUGACAGAGUCAUUAGUUUAGCAUGUCUGUUGCACUUAUUGUCACCACAAGACCACAUAUAUGCCGUUGUUUAAGAGUGUACAAAUCCAGAAAUGUUUCAGAAAUGUUUAUGUUUCAGAGGCAGCAUUUCAGUAAUGUGAGAGAGAGCUUUUUUGUACUGGAUGCAUUUACCUAGCAACCAUUUUCAGUUCACAAGAAGGUGAUUGGUGGCAUGAAUGUAGCUGCAGUUCUAACACCUGAUACACAGCCAUUGUGGUUCACUGUGUUACACUGUGUGUGUGUGUGUGUGUGUGUGUGUGUAUCCUUUUGCACUGUAUAUUAACACCGCUUUAGAAUGCAGCAUUUAAGGUAGGUUUUAAUCUUUGCAAGCAGACCACACUGUGGUGCUUCUAAUGAACACUUCUCUACAGUGGUUCCAGCUUUCCAAAGGUAAACAAACAAAUAAACAAAAAAGACUUGGCUGUAAGUUACAGAAAAAAUAUGAAUUAUUUUGGAGAGCUCAGAUGUUUUAGAGGGAAGUAAAUAAUAAUGGUUCCCAUUUUCAUCAUAAUAUUUUGCCAAGAGUGUGGUCACACUGUGUUAGUUUCUUUCAGUGGUAUCUGCACCUUAAUAGUUCCCACCACAGAAAGUUCAUUUAUCCACUGACAAUCAUAUUCAUUUUUUAGGCAAUUUUUUUUUUGGUGGGGGAAGGCUGAAAAGACUGCUUAUUUAUGCUGUAAGUUACCUUUCUAUUCACCAUAGUAUGCCUGAAGCAAAUAACAUUUGGAGAGAAACAGAACUGACCUCACAGCCUCAUAGCUUACAAUUCAAGCAAAGUUGUACUACUAAUUAUAUGAGGUUUCCAAACUUGUCAUUGAAGGUAGUUUUAUCUGCUGACAGUUCAUUAAUGGCAAGACACUAAAGUCUGCACUGGUCAGUUACAGCACUGUUUUAUAUAUGAAUCUGUUGUCAUGUAGUCUUAUGUCCUUACCUCACAGGUUGUGUGGUCUAGGAGCUGGUAUGUAAAUCAUAGAGGUGGGGGGGCACAAUAGGUUUACCCUUCUACAAAAAUAUUUCAUUUAAACUCACUGCAAGUUUUGUCACUUGUUUUAUUAUUUGGAAAGUGGUGUCAGUGAGUAAUCCACUGCCUAGGAUGCCUUAAGCAGACCAACAUGAUAUAUCUGCUACAGUAAUGAGUUCCUUAAUUAUUACAGUGAGAUGUUUUCAUAGCACACUCUCUCCAUAUCUUGCACAAGAAUUGCUGGUAGAAUUCCUUGCAAUGAAUGGUUUCAUGAAAGAUGAAUUGCUUAAUAAUGUCUGUGUUUCUCUAGUUUGGCAGAAGCUGCAGGGUAUUACCCUGCCAAGAGAAAGUGGUGGACUACAGAUUUCACAUGAGAGAGAGAGGACAACAGCAGAAAAAUAACAGAUCUUCCCUGUAAAUGCCACCUAGAUCAUCAGGACUAACCUGGUUCACAUAAACUGAAUAAUUUAAAAUUACUAGUACAAAGGCUGUUUUACUGUCUGGAUUUACUACUUGCCAAAAGGUUAGCAUUACUUCCUUACUCAACUCAUCUUGGUGCUGCAAGAAGAACACACAGCACUGCUUUUAAAAUACCAGUUUUUCAGAAUGAGUGGUCUCAGGAAGCCAUCCUUCUGACCUGGAUUUUGUAGGUUUAAACAGUCCAUAAUGAAAGUGUGCGUCACGGGAUAAGAUGCUCAAGCAGUCAAAUUGGGCAACAGACACAACUAAUCAUGAUAGUAAUGAGGCCUAAUGUAUGUAUUUACUGCAGUCACUGCAGUUUUAGGUAGCCAUUUAAAGGUACAACGUGACCUAUGGAAAUGCAUAGUGCUGUAUAGAGCAUACAGUAGUGCAGGCAACGAGACACAACCCAGUAGACCAGCCCUUCAGCCUUUUUUUGGCAGCAUAUUAUGAACUUUGGUAGUUAAAGCAUUUUGAUACAGUAUUAAGUGAUCAAAGAAAGGAUAACAGUCAUCUACAAUGUAAAUAAACAAAAAUGCAUUUUGAUUUGUCAGCUAUGAAGGUGGAGUUGUCUUACUUGUUAGCAUGUCAGCAGUCUAUCUUGAAGAAGCCUGGGACAACAUGCAUGAGCAACAUGGAAGAAACCUGAACAUCCAAAUGACUAUUGAAAUAGUGGAGCCACAGUCCACUCUGUAAGAAGCAAUUUCUUUGAAAGGAUUGGGUGGGAGGGGACCUACAAGAGUGGCAGAAGCAUUAGUAAAUGUUCCUUGGUCACAUGUGGAAUGUAACAGUACCACAGCUGUCGUCAUACAUCUUGACUUCCAGGAAAAUAGAAAAAGAAGAAAGCAGCGUCCUGAAAAGACAUUUAAUUCUACUCUAAGAAGUGACUAUAAAGAAACAAGAGUAUAAAGUAUUAGUGCAGAUAAAUCACUUUAGCUAGCAGAUUUAGGAGACUCCCUCUGAUACCUUCCCUGUUGGAGGAAUAAAGACACCUUGGUGAAGUUUUCAGUAGUUUAUUCAGUUAAGCAGGUAGAUGGAUGAGUGUUCUAUAAAGAAGGAAAUAAACAGGAAAUUGCAUCAGUUGUAGUCCAUCCCCAAAAUGCCCAAAGGAAUUGAAGUGAGUUACAUAAAGGCAUUGUGCUCCUAUGUAUGUUUUCAAAGACCUUGUAUGGUAUCUUCCACAUGUUAUGCACUACAGUUGCAAUAAACUUUCCUAAACACUUGGAACUCUUGGCAAGCUGAGAUUCUUAGGUCACACCAGAGUUAGUAGCUGGCAAGGGUGGGUAGAUUGUAAGAAGAAAAAUGUCUGGGGAAAGGUUUAAUUCUGACCUCCUGCUUCUCAUAAUAAAUAUUCUGCCACGUUGCACUUGUAUCAGACUGGGAAUGCUACCAGUCAGUUCACUAGCGACAUAAACCACUGCAAUUUUACUUCACAGUUUGACUCUGUGAAAGCCCCUUUGUGAGUCUGCUCUUACAUCCUACAAAACUGAACAGACUGUGUCCUGCAUGACAGUGACAUGCCCAGAGUAGAUUGACAGUUAAACAACUGCAGCUUUUGCUUUUUGAAUACCUCUCAGCCUGCAGACAUUGAAAAUAGGAACAAAGGUCCUUCAAAAGUAGAAAAGUCAAACUAAAAAUCUGGAAUCUAAUUAGCAUAAAAUAUGAAUACCAAGUAGCAUAUACCUUUUCCUGUUUCAAGUAGGAAUGUGGUUACUAAGGAGCAAAUUUUAAAUGCAGAAAGUGACAAAAAUAAAGGAAAAACAUAACCACCAAUGUAGUAAUUUCUUGAAAUGACUGGUGUCAGUUGUAUUUUGUCCAUGUAAUGUGGUUUUCUGUGUACGAAACAGCUUCAUAAAUCUCAUGUGAUGAAGUGGUAAACGAAAGCUGAAAAUAGGGGCCUACCUCCAAAAAUAGGGACAUUCUUUGCAGGAGUAAGUCAAGCCUGAAAAUAGGGACAGUUGAGAGGUCUGAAUCUUUGUUCCCUCAACAGAAUCACCUUUUUUUCCUUAUGUGGAAUUGGCCAGAGCAUGUUUAUUUUGUAAAGAUACCAAGCCUAAGUGAACUAGUCAAGGGCAAAGUGCACCAGAGACGUAGCUCCAACCCACAUGGAUUAGAAGCGUAAUGCACCAGAGCUCUGAAUAAAGGCCAAGUUGUUUAGGAGCAGUUAGUACCAGAAACAUGGCCAGCGAUCACAUGGACCAGGAAUUGAAUGCAUCAAGGACCUGUCAGCAUUUGUUCAGAAUGUGGUGCACCCAGAAGUUAUUUGUGUUAGGAGCAGAGUACACCAGUGACCAGGCAUCAUGGUUUGAGAACAGUAUGUAUCAUAGACACUUGGUUCAGAAAGAAAGUGUCUCGGUGACCUGAGAGUAUGCUGAGAACUGACAGCAAGCUGCAGGGCUUGGAAGCAGAGUGCCCCACAAUAAUCAAUUACUACAAAUCUAAGGUUCUGUACUGUUUGUGAUGGCAUUUACAUUUUACAUUUGUUGACUGGGCUGGUCCAACUGGAUAUAUGUCCAUUUUCAGUGAAAAUGCUAUGCUAUGAAAUUUUUGUCCAUAGCAAAGAAUAAUUCAGAUGUAGUAGCAGUGAACCACAGCUACCAUUUAAAUGGUGACCUGAAAUAUAUUGUCAUGUGUUCGCUCCCAUAAUCAGUUUACUCCAAAUGACAAUCCAAACAUGGCAGUCACUGGUGCUUGAGAGAACAGUGUAAAAGGACAACAGUAGAAGUGCAAACCUUGUAUUUUACCUUAUAGGCCCCCCCCAAUAAAUGCACAAGAACAUCCACAUGUGCUGGCACACACAUCUGGUUAUCCUGACAAGGGAUUCAUUAAAGUGGAUGCUAUAUAGUACUGGAACCAAGUAUAACAGGGCAUUUGUGUAACUAACAACCUAAAAGUGUGCUCCAAACUGUCAUUUAAAUGCAAAUUUGCUGACUGAAAAAAACUUGUGAUCUGUUUAGUUCAUCUAAAUGUAGCGGCCUGGUUUGUGGUUCUUCCUUUCCCUUCCCUCCUUCCCUCUUCCAUCUCUUGACCUGCACUGUACAGUUGCUUGCGGCACUGCAUUCUGGACCUCUUUCCAUCCGUGAAAUAUUUGUCUGUCAUAGCCUUGACCAUUUCAGAUACUGUUUGUUUGCCCCUCUGGACAUCCUUCUGAAUUUCAUGUUAUUUACUUGUCCCGUGGUAAUGUAACGUGCCUAGAGAUUGUCCAGCAGUUUACUUUCAACUAGUGUAUACUUGCCAAACACUCCCUUGAGUUUUUCCUUAAACUUGCUUUCAUCUCUGUCACCAUUUUGGUAGCCACACACAAAACUAGCUUCACUGACUCAUUAUAAUUUUUAGUAAUAUGCAGUAUUCCAGGUUUUGCCUGGGCAGUAUGAUGUGCAGUGGGUAGUCAGUGUCCACUACAGCUGACUGAAGUUAUUUAGUGAAAAUAGAUCCAGAGAAUCCUAUCUGGGAAAUUUUCUCAGCAGUAAAAGCCUGUGGUGUGUGUGUGUGUGUGUGUGUUUACUAUCAUAAAGUCGAUUUUAAGGCAUCCGAAUUACAAUUUAUCAAGAUUACCUGUUUAUCGACUUCUAAUGUCGAAAUACAAAUAGCCGACAGUGUAAAUGCUGAAUUGUAAUGGUAAUUCGGCUAAAGACAAUUCGAUAAUCAGCAGGCGAUGAAAUAGCAAGUCACACAUUUGCUGACAUCAGUGUAAGCAUUUUGAAUUACUGGAGAGCAAGGUAACAUGUUUACAGGGAAGGAGAUAGCAGGACCAACACUAGCACAGUAGGAGUAUUUCUUCUAGCCAUGCAGAGUUCAUCGCAGGUACAGUACCAUAACGGACAGUUGAUACUUGAAAUUAUAUGUCCAUCAGAAUGGUUGGAAAUGCCGUGCUAACGAGAAGAAAAUACCUUACUCAUUCCUAAACAGUUUAAUCUCAGAAAUCUGUAGCAUUGACGUUUUAUGUUGAUCAAUAUUUGCACCAGUAACAUGCGGGUACAGUAAAUACCCCACGAGUGCUGCUGUACCUGGUAUUUCUAGGUAGAAUACAUGAGUGUAGUUGCUAUGGAAGUCAGACGUGCACAGAGUUAUAUCUGUUGUAUAAGAAUAUUGCACAUUAUCUUCUGUUUGGAAUGCUGUAUUAUAUGUUAUGGAGAUAAGACUGUGAAUUACAGUACGCACUGUAUGUGUUCUUUUGACAGGUUACUGAACUAGAUACUGAGAGUGCUGGCCCAGGAAGAUUACAUGUUAUAUACAAUAUUGUCAUUUCACAAAAAGUAAGGAGAAUGCUGGUGGUUGAAGGCUAUGUGCACUACUUAAAGAAAGCGGCUGGUGAUAGGAAAUAUUGGUGUUGUACCCUAAAGCAAAAGGAGAAGUGUAAGGGCAGAUGUAUUACUGUGGGGGGUAGUGUAAGGGCAGAUGUAUUACUGUGGGGGGUAGUGAAGGUGAAGGUUUGCAGAGAACCACUCCACACUUCCAUGCACCUGACCCUGUUAAGCCUGACUGUCUUACUGUUAAAGCAACAAUAAAAAGGAGAGUUGAGCAAACCACAGAGGAUCCUUGCAGGGUUGUUUCAGAAGUACUGGCUACUACAUCAACAGAUGUCACGGUUGAUUUACCAAAUACCACUGCACUAAAGCAGAUUGUUGUUAGAGCAAAAAACAAAGGCAAAGUAGCUGCGUUUAAGAAUUUUACUAAUUUAAGGAAUUUAACAGCUGACAUGUUACCUAUUAAGAUUGGUAGUUUUGUCAUUACACAUGACGGGGAUGAGGGGCAGCGUCACCGUAUAGUUGUUAUAACAACAGUCAGUAACAUGAAGAUAAUGUGUAAUGCAGAGUUUAUCAUGGCUGAUGGCACUUUUCCCAUUAGUACAGUGGAUUGUAAGCAAAUAUACAGUAUACAUUGCCCUCUGUCAGAAGGUGAACAUAGGAAAAUCAUUCCUGUGGUGUAUGCGUUACUGUCUACGAAGAGUGAGAUUUGUUAUGACUACUUCUGGAGAAAUGUCAUACGUUUGAGUGGUGAGAAUAGUGUGACACUAGCACCACAUAUGAUUCUGAGUGACUUUGAAAAAGGAGCUGUGAAUGCCAUUACACAACACUUUCCAAACUCAGCAGCCAAGCGAUGCUGGUUUCAUUUCUGCCAAGUCAUAUGGCGGCAAAUACAAAAACUACACUUAGCUGCUCAGUUUGGGCAGAGUAGGUCAUUCUCACUCCUUUGUAAGGAAAUACCAGCCUUAGCAUUUCUAAAGCCAGAGGAUGUUUUUCCAACAUUUGAAAGUGUUGAGCGUGACAUGCCUGAUAGUGCCCAGCCAUUAUAUACAUUUUUCAAAGAGAAUUAUUUAUUAAGUAAACCUAGGAGGUACAGGAUGCAUGGAUGCACAUUUGAAAGGAUCCCACCACUGUUUGACUUGGUAUUUUGGAAUCAUUAUGAUACCUGCACAGAAGGCUUCCCUAGAUCCCAGAUUGCAGUAGAAGGCUGGCAUCGUCAUCUCCAUAGCCUGCUAGCUAGAAAGAAAUUGUACAUUGUGGACAUUUUACAUGCUAUUCAGUUGGCACAAAGUCAUGUUGUGGACCUGGUUUCAAGGUUAUUACUAUCUGCACCUCCAUCGCCAAAAAGGAGGCAUGUAUUGGACGGGGAGAAUGCUUUCAGGAGACUCUUGGCAGAAAGGGACACUUUCACAUGUAGAGGUUUCACUGGAUUAGUUGCAAAACACUGUUCAUUCUAAUCCCUGCUUACAAAUACUAACUGAGAUACUUGCAAUAUACACAUGUCCCACACCGGUGGAUAAAACACAUUAUAUUAAGGCCCAUAAGGUAUGCCUCACAAUUAGGAUGGUUUUCACUAGUUAUGGUUAUUUUCACAGUGUGUUUAAACAAAAAAGUAACCUUGGAGUGCAACCAGUACUGUCUACACUAAUGUUACAAUGCUUGUAUUCAGCUGUAAAUACGGUUAGAUGGACUGCUAAGCAUCGUGAGACUGCACACAGCAGUUAGUCUUCAGAAAUACAUGUUUAUAGGAAGUUUAAUGCAUGGAGAGUCUUUGUUGCAAGGAGGGGGGACGUAGAGACACAGUCUGAGGUCGAAAAUGUCAAUUUCGACAUUUACUCUACUUCUGAUUGACAUUUUAAAAAAUGACAUUCCGGUUCGCGUUUAUGCCGUUAUGCCUUUGUACGGCUCGAUUAAAUGAUAGUAAACCAUGUGUGUGUGUGUGUGUGUGUGUGUGUGUGUGUGUGUGUGUGUGUGUGUGUGUGUGUGUGUGUGUGUGUGUGUGAGAGAGAGAGAGAUAGAAAAGAGUUGUUGAGGCUGUAACACCUUCACAUAAUUUUUAUUUCAUGGAAAAAUGUUUUUUGAUUAUCCAUGGCAUUUGACAGACUGGAUUUACUGAGUAUCUGUCUGAAUUUUUCUGUAGACAUUAACACCUCUCGAGUGAUCUUCCUGAGGUGUCUUGUCUCAACAUUCUGUUGACUUUAUCUAGACUAUUUUUCAUGAUUUGUCACACAUAUAAUAUUGAGAUUAAUUUCCUUACAUACUUGUUGAGGAUUUCUGCUUGUGCUGUGUAUGGCUUCCCUUUUAAUUUCAAGUUUAGAAUGCAUUACUUUGCACGUUUUUGUGAAUUCACAGACAGCUGCUUGUCUGUCCAUGUUGGAAUGCUUUAAGAGGUCUUAUUGGGGACUGACUUCACUAGCUGCAGCAGCAGUCCUCAGAUGACUUACAGGUUUCAUCCAAACUACAAGAUCCUGUGCAGAAUGUCUAUUUAUUCAAGUACUUAAGCAAAUAGUUUAAUCCAUUUCACUCUUUUAACAUCUAUAUAAACUAUUUGGUGACCAGUAUUAACAAAUAUUUGGGUACCUGCAGAGGUACACAUAGGCUAACACAUUGUAGUUAAUUAGAGAUCCUCUUCUGACUCCUUCAGGACAUGCAGAAUACCUUACCAAUUGGAAAAGUUAACAACUGAGCAAGAAUGUUUAUCUGCACAAAACUGGUAAACAAGUUCCUGACUUUGUAAAAGCCAAUACACUUGACCAAAUUGUCCUCAUACCCAUAGUGGUGUUAAUCUUCCUGAUCUUGUAUUCAAAAACAUUUCUGCAAGUUGCACCACCCAGCUUGUUACCCCCACCCUAAUCAAAUAUGACCAUCUUACUGUGGUCAUCUAUAUGAAAACCUAUUUUGUUUCCCCCUUAUAAGUUCUCCACACUCAGGGAAUACUCCAAAACAUUUUUUUCCUUAUUUACUGAUAUCUUAUUGAUAAUCACAAAUUAUAUAAUAGCUGCCCAGCAAAUCUUGCUACAGGGGUUUCUGCUUCCUCUGAAUUUUACUUACUCUUGAUAGAUGCAUCGAGUCAUCUGUACCAGUCUAAUCAAAGUGUAAUAGCAAUAUUAAAACUAAACACAUAUGGGAGAACUACCACACCAAGACAGUCUGUAAUAAGAAAAAGAUCAGCUAUCACUAGAAGAUGUCCUCUUCAUCAUCAUAAAAGGUAUUCAAAAUUGGUACGGAAGUUUCUAAAAUUUUACUUUUAAGAAAUGUAAGUCCAGCUGUGAACUUAGGGUUGCAACUAUUUCAAGACAAUCAUAAGACCUUCUUUAGCUCUAUUAGGAAUCUUAGAAGUAACCAACAAUGCGGUACUGAAUUGACCUCCACUGGUUUCUCCUUCUCCGACCCCAGAGGCAUUGUUAAUAUUCUUGCAGACAAAUUCUCUUCCAAUUUUGUUUCACCCACCCUCCCCUUCUGUUUACUUUGUCCCACCUCACACCCCCUCUUGAGAUCAAUUUAAAGCAAGUCCUUUUGCCACUUUCCAAAAAUUAAAAACACAACCACUAUGGGUCCUAGUAAUAUCCUUGGAUAUCUGCUGAGAAGCAUAAAUUCCACCCUAGCAGAAUGCAUCCAAAAAUUCUUCUGCUUCAGUUUCUGCUGCUUAUGUCUGUGAGGUGCGGAGAAUGGCAGUUGCAAUGCCCUUGCAUAAAGGUGGUCCCUCUACUGACCCUGGAAAUUACAGGACAAUUAGUCUCAGUAGUAUUAUUUGCAAGGCUAAUUCAAGUGUUACAGCUAAAGUAAUAAACAAUUAUAUAAGUGACCUUGUAUCAGUAGAUUCACACUAAUUCAACAUUGUAAAGGCAGAACAUGCCUGGGCUACUGAGGCCACAGAUCAGGAACAUACAGUCCAAGCUGCUUUCCUGGAUCUUGCCAGAGCCUUCAACACUAUUCCCCAUAGUGGGAUUAUUGCAAACUAUCCCAUCUCAACAUUUGCCCAUAUGUAGUUUGCUGGAUUGGAAAUUGGCUGUCUGACAGAACCCAUACUAUGAAGGUCAGGAAUAUUUACUUAAGAUUGAAAAUAUUCACAAGUGGUGUCCUACAGACUCUGUUCUAGGCCCAUUUUCUCUGCUGUAUCAUUCCUUGACAUAAAAGAAAGUGUCAAGGCACUAUGGCUAACCAGGUUUACUGAUGACUACAAACUGUAAGUGGUUAUAAAAUUGUGCUACUUAAAUUCUCUGGCAAAGACUUUACCAAACAAAUGUCUAAUGAAUUAAUAAUGAGUCUGCCGUCAAUACCAAGAAGUGCAGCAUUGUUUCCUUUGGUAAAUCUAGCAUCACUACUGCUUAUCAUAUAGCUAACAUUCCACUUAAAUUUGACACAGUCCUCAGGGACUUGGAGACAUAUGUUGUUAACGGACUCUCCUUAGACCACCACAUCUCUGUUGUAGUUAGAAAAUCCUUUUACCUUGUACAACUUAUCCCUCCUGGUUAUCUACUCAAGGUCCAUAGAAGUUGUAGUCCCACUUUAUUCAUCCCUUAUUGGGCCUGUCAUUGAAUGUAAUGCACCUUAUGGCUUGUACUUCACACCUAAACCAGCUUGAGAGACCUCAGUAUUUUCUCCAUAAAAAGAUCUCUGGUCUCAGUACCCUUAAUUACUCUGAUAGACUAAAAGUCCUGUCUAUCUACGUAGUGUCAUACAGACUCCGUGUAGCAUUCAGUGCUAUAAAUAAACCAUCACUCUGAACUUUACCUAGACAAAACCAGUGGUAAAGCCAAUAGCUGUUUUAGAGACACAGACCUGUACAACCACAUCAGCACCACCAGAUGGCAAGACAGAUGCCUAACUCGGUGUAUUCCCCAUGUGUAGAAUAGACUGCACUUAGCUGAUUAAUUCCCUAGCCAACUUUAAAACCAGUCUGGAUGACUUCAUGGCUGAUUUUUCACUGAGGACAUAUGAAGAAAGUAUGUUUGUUUAAUGGGGAACACUUGUAGUCUCCUGCCUGUAUUGGGUGAUGUGGCUGAGGUUUUCCAAUGGUCUCCAUGGCCAUAAUCUUAGUAAGAGCCUAUGAACUACUUCUCUUCAACCUAAAACAGCCUAUACCAAAGCAUUUUUUGUCCUGAACAUAAAUGUAUGCAUUUCCUUGUAGCUUUCUUCUUUACUGCUAAUACUAACUUUACAGAUUCAACGUAAUAGAAUAUUCACAUUUGUAAUGUCAUCCAUAUCUCUACACUACUGCAUGACCAUGAGUUGAGCAAAUUAACUACUUUCUCUUAGGACAAUGUUUUUCUUUCAACAGCACACUCCUUUUCAUGGACUUCUGCCCACCUGUGGUUAAUAGACUAAUUUGGGCACAAAAAGUGGCAUGCCUCAGUUACCCAGAGUUUACAGCUGAAGCACUGCAACCCUGCUCAUGAGCCUAAGAGAUGUCUUGUUCAAAGGGCAUUCUCUCUCUGUCUUGUGUCCUAAACUUUGAAAUGCCCUAAUUUGUGAAUAAAUUGCUGUGACCAAACUGACUUUUGCAUAGAUUUCAGAGCCCACUUUUUCACACUAGCUGUGAAUGUCAUUCCUUUACACGGAGUACUACAUGUUACCUAGUAACUCACAAAAUAGUACAGCUGUUCACAAUAAUGGCAGUUGUGUCCCCUUCACUAUCCUUUUAAUUAAUCCUUAUGUGUUGGUAUUGAACCUGGUAAGGUAGCUUCUAAUAUGAGAUGGAUAACACAAUCCAUCAUAUCUCUGUUCCUGUCAUGCAGUAACUCAGAAGCUGCCUGUUACAUGUAAUGUAGCGCAGCAAUUUGAAACAAUUUUAUUGAUUUAUUUAUUUGCAGAAGGCAUGUCUUCCUAUACCUCUCACAUCCCUUAAUAUCAAAUAUUAAGUCUUUUACACUUUGACAACCAAGAUUUCCUGACUUUGGAUUUUCUAGUUUUUUUUGAUGGACUAAAUUUCUGAAGAAAACAAGACCCUGUUUUGAAUCAAGCCAAGAUUAAAGAUGAAUACAGCAAGGAGACAGAGAUGAAGCACUGUCCCCCACUCAGCAAAACAGAAUAUCCAUUCUGAGGAGAUGUGCAGGAAAUGUGCUGUAUUUUCUGGUAAAAAAAUGCUUCGGGCAAUUAAAAAAAGCCACCAGAAAUAAAAGAAUCUUUAUCUCUAAUGAUUUCAAGUCACAUUUUAAUGAGUGGAAUUGCGAUUAAAAAAACACUUGGCAUUUUCCCUACCCAGCCUUUCAUCUAAAGCUUUGGAAUAAGCAUUGCCAUUGAACACCAGAAGAGUAAUAUUUCAUUUAAUUCAUGUGCACAUCAGAAAAAGGGUCACUUGUGGAUCAAGCCACUGCCAAAGAUCCAGACACAUAUUAUCAUUUAAUUUGUUCAUUUACUACCUAGAUGAAGGAAUUGCAAUUAGCAGGAAUUUGGGUGAAGCUAUCCCACCCCUUCCCUUGCAUUCUGCCUUGUCCAUUUAUGUUCUAUUGACUAUAAUGAUGUCCGUGAUUGCUUGGGAAAAAAAUCUAGAGAGUUUUGAAAGUCGUUAUGGGAAAUUUUACACCUACCCCAUUUCUUUCUGUAUCAUUUAUGCACCAGACACCAAAGUGUUGUUAGUAGCCACCCUAGACAGUUUAAAGAAACACAUACUUCAUCCUUUUCUUUUAUCAAUAAACAAUUAUAUAUUUUUAUCAUCAAGCAUUGAUAAUAGAUAAAAUGUAGCCACUGCCCACAUUGGUUGCUCAGGAAAGAUCUUGACCAUUGCAAACAAUUUUGUUAGUGCUUUCUUUGUUUUUUGCACAAGACACUAGUGUGCAAAUACAUGUUUUUAGCUGAUUUUUUGCUCUUGAGCUAGUGUGUGGUUUCAUUUAACUUGUAUGUACUGCUGGUGGGUUUCAGUCAGACAUGGUGAACACAGAACAGACAAGUCAUCUCUGGAAUACAAGUUCUGAUUUUUUGUUCCCUUCACCCUCCACAGGUUAUAAACCCUGCUGCCUGCACAUUUCCUUCAGUUAUCCACUGAACUCUAUUAUUCUUUCUUGCUUUUGACAGUGGCAGCACAUUUGGAAAGGCUAGUGACCUUCCCACAUAUACUCCAGCAGAAUGAAUGCCUGUUUCCUCAACUACAUAUGAUGCUGUGUUAUUUUUAUUUAUUUAUUUACCAGGCUAGACCCACUAAGCCAGUGUUCUCUUUUCAGGGGAGACCCAAGGUAGUUGGAAUGUAAACUUUGGCCAGGGCAGCGGGGACCUUCGUAUUCUUUUUUCUAUAAGUGCCAUGGGAUCUUUUACAUCUCCCUGAUCUACUACCAACUCAGGCAGAUGGGAUGUUGGCUUAAUGUCCCAGCUGAAGGACAAUGGACUCAGAAGAGCAGCCCUUCCUCUUUUGCUGCACUGCAAUGUCAAUACUGGAAAAUGAAUCCACACACUGGUGGGGGAAUAGAACCUACAUACUUCUGAUCUUCCAGCGCCAAAGGUGAAUGUGCUACCUGUUGAACUACUGAAACUACUAAUCUAAUAGACAGUCAUCCACUUACACCUGUCUAGCAUAUAUACACUGACCUUGUAUUACAACAGGAGUGGGGUGGUUUCUGAUCAUUAUAGUGCAGACCACUAUGCCAAAAGACCCCAAACUUUACAGAACGCUCAAAAUAAAUACAGGAAUUGUUUUUUUUUUUUUUUAUUUGAGUCUAGUAUGGAGGAGUAGUUUUUAAGAAACACUGCACUGUAUAUCUGAAGAUGAUAUUGAAUGUUGGUAAGUUCUCAUCAAUGUACCGUCUCACUAUGUGCAAUUUUCUUUAUAGAACCUUCUCUGUACUGUGUAUUCCUGAGGAAGUUGUAGAGUGUCUUGUUCUCCCACAUAGGUGAAAAACAGCUUUUUUCAUUUUCUGGUUUUCCAUUUUCAUGAUUCUUGCGUUUAUUUUCUUCACUGGACUGAUUACUUAGUAAAGGCAUAUUCAUGUGAUGACAUGUGCAUUUGUUUUACACAGAUGUUCCAAAUCUAUUAUGUCCAUCACAAAUUGGGACUGAUGUAUGGUAGUAAUAGCAGAAAUGUUAUGUUGAUGUUAGGGGGCAAAAUAUAGUAGUAUUUAUAAAACCAUGUGUGUCCUUUAACAGUUUAAAUGCAGAGCCUAAGAGAUGUCUUGUUAGUAACUACUGACAUGUAGGAGAAAUUUCUGUGUUUUCCAUGCCCACUAACCAUUAUUUGGAAAAUAGCCCCACAGAACCUCUGAAGAAUUCAAAGUUUAUUUCUGACUGGAUGCCAGGACACCCAUGUACUGUUUUCAGUGGAUGGCAGGGAGUUAUUCAGAGGUUCAUCAUGUGCAAGUGGAGAUAAACAGUCAAAAUUAAGUCUGUGGGAUGUUUGAAUUAUUUACUUGUAUUUGUUAACCAGGUAGAGUCACAUGGACCUUUUCCAGAGAACCUGGGAGCAUUUUCUGGUUAAGUGACUUGGUCAGAAUCACACAGUUGGCAAAUGGAGGCUCAGGGAAUCAAACUCUGGUCUACAGCUUGCAGGGUAGAAAUAGGCAGUUACUUAUUUUCCACUACUAACCCACAGAUAGCAAUCCCAUUCUGAGAAAAUCCAUGUCUGACAGAAUGCUGAUUGUCUCUCACUUUGCAUCUUAUUGCGAUGGAUGCAGGCAUUUAACAACUUUAAUCAGAUGGACACAUAGAACAGAGUGGUAUUUGGCAUUUCAUUCACCUGUUAGUGAAGUGAGACGUGGUUUGAAAUUUUACACAUAAUAACUGUUUUUCUCUCAUGUGAUACAUAGCCCAUUCUGUAUCCUGACCUGUACAUUAUAUUUCAAAGUAUACUGUAUUAUAUGUACAAGUGUUAUGUUUAGCAAAUGUGUGUAAUAUUGCCUAUGUGUCACAAAUAUAUGAGUUAAAUAUUUUUAUUUAUAAAACUAGGUAAUGAAAGUAUGAGAAAACUGUAAAAGAAGGACAGUAAGUUUACUGGUAUUUUCCAUGAUGAAGAAGAGCUCAAAAAUGGUAUUGAAUUAUGUUUUGUUGCCUUUUAAACAGAGCUGCUAUUCAUUCCUGUUUACUUUGAUCCAAGUUAUGUUCAUAUAAUUGCUUUGCGAUAUAUAUAUAUAUAUAUAUAUAUAUAUCUCAAAAUGUGUGCAUAUCCGUGUGUGUGUGUGGCUGUAUGAAUGUAACACUAUUCCCAAACACUAACCAUGUGCUGUGAGCACUGCCCUUUUGACACUUCUGUGCUAUUUGUUAAAUAAUUAUAACAUUUUUAUUUUCUACAUUGGAUUGCAGUCAAGCAUCACAUUUCUAUUCUCCUCUUUCAUUUUGGUUGGACAAUAUAAAACUUGAACAUUGCAAGAUUACAGACUCCAGGUAUACAAACAGAAUAUGAAACUAUCUAAAUAAUAUCUCUGCAGAUUACCCCCUGUAGGUUCUCAAGUAUAGACUUUCAAGCUGUGAUACAUAUAAGUGCCAUUCCUAAAAUUAUGGAAAGGUAAUAAUAAACUGCAUGUCGCAUUAUUGUUCUGCUGGCUACAGCUAUGCAAAACAAAAUCUAUAGAGGCACGGAACAGUAGCCUACAGUGAAGUAAAAUCUUUUGUUUGACCCAGAGAAUAUAAUUUUGCCUUGUAUACAGAAAUAAGGUCCUUGUAUGCCAUGAAGGGUUUCCUACUAAAAAUGCUCAAGGAUAAAUAAAUGGUGCAGAUCACUGCAGAGGGUACAGCCAGGAUGUAAAUGCCUGAAAAUAAAAUGAAUUAUAUUCUCUUGGUCAUGAUUACUCAGCAGUAUACUCCAUGUACCUUCUGAACUAUUUCUUGCUGAAAUAAUGAGGUUACUGUUACAAAGUAAAGCAGGUGAUUCUAGAUGUAUUUCCUCAAAUAUAAGGUUACAUAAACACACAAUUCCUUCUAAUCCCUGCUGUGUACUCCUACUUCAUCCUUUCUAAUGCUCACACUUCUCCUGUUAUUGUAACUACAUACCCAUACAAAUUCUGCACCUCACCAACGCAGUCACAUGUUGCAUGAACAUGCUAAGGAUUUUUCUUGCCUACAUUUAUGCACAGAAAGACUUAUGGGUGUAGGUCUCACAGCAUAUUUUUCUAGCCAUCCCAAGCAUAAGUAGGACGUCUUUGUGACCUAAAGCAUUGUUUCCUAAUCACACCUAUGCAGACGCAAUGUCUGCAGGCAGAAAAGCAUAUUUUCUUGUGUUACACUUAUGAUGACUACUGAGUCCAGAGCAUAUCUUCUUAGCUGCACCUGUAUGGACAAGGGAUGGCUUUAGGCACCGUUAUGUUUCUCUGUAUGUGCAGUUAUAGAGCUGCAUGACAACUGUUUGGACACAAGCAUGUCCCUGUACAGAAUUGUGAUGGAUAAAAGCCACAGGAUGCUUCUAACUACCUGCUAUAUGCAUGAUAACUGUAGCGCAUACUCAUAGUUGCACAGUUUAAACCUUGUAAUGGUUGAAAGUCCCAUAGCAUGUUCUUCAGGCAAACACAACAUCAACAGUUCUUGUGGGUUAGGAGAAAGAGCCAUAACCUGUACACUUCUGGUUAUGUAUUCUUUACUUUUCCAACACAGCUACACCUACAUGUGCUUUCUCUGCUCUGUUUAUAGCUAUGUGGUGCAUAGGCCUAUUCUUAAAGCUCUGUUCUUGGAUUUGGACAGUUUUAGUUUUGGCCUAAAAGGCCUGUGUUCUGCAUGCAGCUGUUUGUUAAUGAUAACUGUAUGUACAUUGUAUAAAGUAACUCCCAAAUUACAUUCCUUAGGAUCCCCCUAAAAAGAAAAAUGUUUUUUUUUAAAUGAUUGAAUGAAAAAAAAAACAGCUCUAGAAUUGUAGUUCUAUGGCAACCUUAUAUUCAGAUUAAUGUGUACAAAGACAUGAUAUGUUCAUAACUAAGACACUCUGUGAACAUUUUUAAUAGCACUGUAAAUAAAAAUGUGAACUCUU